UUCACAUAGACAGGAGCAGAAGAAGGAACUACUGAGUCGUGGACUGAGCUACAUUCAGUAACAGAUACGGAAAUAUUAUUCUUCCCUUCGGUGGACAAACCAUCAAUAACAAUAUGACAGAGCUGGUUUAUGCUGGGUAUUUUGGCUGCAUCCUGGUGUUGGGUCUUUCUCUCAAUGUUGUGUCGCUGUGGAUCCUGCUUCGUCGACACAGCCUCAGAUCAUCCAAUGCCGUCUUCAUGGUGAACCUGGCUAUCUCAGACCUGCUGCUGGUCAUCACCUUGCCGUUUAGGGUCUACCUUUAUGCUACAAACAGAUGGCCUCUGGGAAAAAACGUGUGUGUCUUCUUUACAAUUCUCUUUCGCAACAACUUUCGCAGCAGCUCCAUCUUCAUCACCUUCAUCAGCGUGGACCGACUGCUGGCUGUGGUUUAUCCUCUGAGGUCGCGACACCUUCGAACCAUAUCAAAUGCCUGGAAAGGUGUUGUGUUCACUUGGCUAUUUCUGGUGGUGUUGAGUAUCCAGGAGUCUUUGGAAUUUCAUAAAAAACUUCAAAAUACAAACCAGACUGAUACUAAUAACACUUGUUUUGAAUCUGCUGUGAAGGCAGGUCCAAAACACCCAUUAGUUUACUUUCGAGCUGUGUUAGAGCUGGUAAUGUUGGCAGUCAACAUUGUAUGCACUGUUUUGGUAUCUUGGACUCUGCGCGGACAUCUCAGUGACUCUGCAAGGAUCAACAACAGGAUGAAUGUGAUGGUGAUUUUUGUCCUGAACUUGGUGAUGUUCAUCGUAUGUUUCCUUCCUUUGUCACUGGGUGUAAUUAUAGUUAAAAACAGUUCUGAUCUCAGGCCUUUGAUAUGUAUUGCAUGUGUGAACUGCUGUCUGGAUCCAUUGUUGUAUUACUUUUCUCUUGAUGCCUUCUGGAAGAAAAAAGAAGAGGUGGAUGUGUCAAGAGAACCAAGGACAAGGGAAACACAUUUGUGAGGUCUUACCUUGUUUUACAUUUGGACUUCAGUGUUUGUAUUGUACCAAGUUUUUUUGGCUUUUUGUUUGUUUUGUUUGUUUUGUUUUCUUGUUUUUUGUUGUUUUUUGUUUUGUUUUGUUUUUUUAAUCCCUCUUUCUUUUUAAAAGAAACAAAGAGUAACUGUUUUUCAGUCAAAUGUUUUGGAGCUUAGAUGUAGACAGAGAAAAUGUGCUUAUAGGUUGCUAUUCAAGGCUGGCUUUGGAGAAAAGACUAUUUCUUUUAAGUUAGCACUACUGCCAUUUAGACAUGUCUCUUGCCUAGUAGCUGCUGGGAUAGUCUCAAGCACCCCCACAGCCCUGCACUGGAUUAAAUGGAAAGAGGCAACAGAUAAAUGAAUGGCACUACAAUAUAUUGGGAGUUAUGCUACUUAAUCGUAUUGAAAAGAGUCAUUGUCAUUCUCAUGGUAGCAUUAAAUUAAGCAGUAAAGUCUGCAGCACACAUAAAAAGUGCAGAAAAAAACAUUUGAUUUUAACUGUAGAGACAACCAUUGAGUUAAAGCACUGCAAAUAUGUGGAUUCUACAGGGAAUUUGUGAUUUUCUACUUGCCGAAUGCUCAUCGUACUGUACUAUGAAUACAGAGCUACAGCCAGAAAAGCCCAGCAUGAGGGUAAGCAGGUAAUCUGGCUCUGUUUAAGGGUAAAGAUAAACAAUUUAAUUGGCUGUGGAGGGCUGCAUUGGGACUAGGAUCCUAUUGGACCUGAUGCAAAUCCAAAAUCUGAUUGGAAUUGUGGCUUCAUGCUAAUAUUUCAGACUUAAUUAAGUUAAUGCUCAUAUCUCAGUCUUUCAUUGUUUCCUUACUGCUAUUACUAUUUGGUUUUUAUAAAUAACAUAUUAACAUGUUCAGUUUUCAGAUCUCUCCAUGAGAUUUGUAAUUAUUCUGUGACAUGAUUCUUUUAAAACCAAAACUGAUAUUUUUUUUACACUCAGAUAUUUGGAUGGAUUGAAGAAAUAAAAUGUAAUGAUUAUUGGUUUUUCAUGUCGUAGUCUAUUUUCUGAGCUGUUUUCUUUUCUUUCUGUUUUUUUUUUUUUUUUUUUUUUUAGUCAGCUAAAAAGAGUUGGAGUUUCAUGUUCGGUGAUAGGAGUGACAUUAAUCUCCUUGUUGAAGUAUUGGACAGGAAAAAUGAAUCCCUUAAGCAUGUUAAACACCAACUGUAUAGAAAAUGUUUCACAUAGUAUUCGUUCAUUUUAAUCUAUUUUUUUUUUUAAAGAUUUCAGUAUGUUUUGUUUGUUUAUUUUUUCUUUUUAAUUAACAUAAU